AUGUCCAAGCACGUUUCUCAUGAGCACGUCGACCAGCUGGUCAACGGGCCUGAUUACAACCCCAACACCCUUUAUCACGGCGUCGAGCACCGUGCCUUCACCUCGAACGGCAUGCCUCUCGCGAGCUACCCGUUCGAUACCGCCUUCAUUCCCCAGCUUCCUGGCCAGAGCGUCGAUCAGACUUACCACGAUGCCCUGGGUCACUAUGCCCAGCAGCCUAUCGACUACUCCAAGGCUGCCGACAAGCCUCAGGCUCAGGCCAAGCAGAACAACGACUUUGCGAACGGGUUCCCUGCCUCGAACCAGUUCCCUACCAACAACCGCUUCAUGCCUAUGAACAACUUCAUGCCCCAGAACGGUUACAGCAUGCCCAUGAACGGCUUCUACCCCACCAACAACUUUGACGUUACCAACGGUUUCGUCAACAACAAGGAGUUUGCUGGUCACGACUUCGUCGCCGCUGGCAACAACGAUGCUGCUUCUCAGAAGAACAAGCGUGUCAUGUCCGCUCAGGAGUUUGAGAAGCUUGACGACAAUGCGGUCAACAAGUUGCUCAACCUUGACGGCUCCGAGUCUGAUGUCUCCAAGGACAACACCAAGAAGACUUCUGUCACUUCUGGCGUCGUCGACCCGGCUCUUGUUUCUGCCAACGUCGCCGCAGGUAACACCUCUUCUUUCAACCUUGGCAACCUUGCCAAUGGUCUUUCCACUCCCACCCCCGCCCAGAACGGCUUCGUCAACGUUGUCGCUUCUGCUCCCAAGGGUCAUGGCAAUGGAACCCAGUUCCAGCAGCCUCCUCCCGUUACCCACAACAUUGUCAAGACUCCUGUCUCCAACAUCGACCCUUUCCUUGUUGCUCAGCCCGCUCAGCCCGCUCAGCGCGAGCAGAUGUUUGACGCGAAUGGCCGUCCCAUUGUCGCAUUCACUGCCGCUCAGCUCCAGCAGCUCAAGCAGAAGCAGCAGGUCAACCAGCCCCAGAAGAGCUUUGCUCCUCAGGCGGCUAUUCAGCCUCGCCAGCUUCCUGUCCAGCCUGUUCGCCGCGUCGGUCAGCACUACUCUGUCCCUCAGCAGAACAUUGUCAACACUGAGCAAGCUGUUCACCUGAACAAGCAGCAGAUUCCUCAGCAGAACCAGCAGGCUAUCCAGCCUGUCGCGCAAGUCAACCAUCAGCAGGCUCAGCCUGUCGUCCAGCGUGCGCCUGUGCAGGUUCAGCAUCCUGUCUCUGCUCAGCAGCCUGUUGCUGUCCAGCAGCACAUGGUCGCUCAGCAACCUGCUCUCGUCCAGAACCAGCCUGCUACUCCCCAGACCCAGCAGGAAACUCCUUGCUUCCCUCAGGUCUCCGCAUCUCCUACCAAGAAGCCUUACAAGAAGACUUCCAAGAAGGCUGCCAACGAGACUCAAUUCAUUACUGUCGACAACGGCGUGGCCUCGCGAAAAGUGCCUGCCCGACGAGGCCGCCCGGGCAAGGCACCCAAGACCGGCAAAGAUGAAAGCAUGUUUUCUGAUAUGAAGACACUCUCUGCCCAGAAGACUCCUCCGAUGGAGUUCAUCCGGGAGGUUGGACAUACCAAGACACCCACUCCCCCCAAGCAGCGUGCUGCUCGCAAGUCUCCUGCUUCCACCAAGAAGACUGCCGCCGGCAAGGAUCCUGUCCCUGCUGCUGUCCCUGCUCCUGCUCCUGCUAAGCAGACCGUCGCCCCCCAUCCAGCUAACUUUGUCAACCCCCCUCCUACUCUCGAUCCUACCAUUGAUCACGCCAAGUUUCAAAAGCUCUGUGAACGGGCCCGGGCCGCCAAGCGAGUGGACGAGGAGGAGGCUGCUCCACUCGCUGCCCUCGAGAAUGCCUCUGCCACCGACGAUGCCUCUACAACUGGCGAUGCUUCUCUCUCUGGCGAUGCUUCUGCCUCUACCGAUGCUUCUGAUCUCGAAGAGACUUCUGCUUCCAAGGCUGUUCCCACUGCCUCUGAGAUUGUUCCCACCGCCACUCGGGCCAUCACCAAGGUUCCUUCUGAGAUCGUCGUGUCCAAGAAGAAGCGUGGCAAGCAGUCUGCCGUCACCGUCGAGGGCGAGGGUUCUUCUCAGCGCCAGUCUUCUCAGAACGGCGAAAUCAACCGCAAGUCGAGCGACCACGAGGUCCGGGUCUCUUCCUCUGAAGUCAAGCCCAACACUUCCAACAAGCCUGAGGACAACAUCGAUCCUCAACUCAAGGCUAUUUCUUCCAACGAUCAAGGUUCCAAGACUUCUCAGGACUCCAUUCACACCAUCGUCCAUCAGGCAUACCUUCUCGGUGCCCAGCAUGCCCAGAGCAGCAUCCUCCUCAAGACCACCAACAACCUCCACCAGUUUGGUACGAUCUGCGGCUUCAAGGUCCAGGUUCCUGAUGGUGCCAACCCCGAACAGGUUCUUGGUACUUGCCUGUCUGCCAUGAAUGUGCUCCCAGAGAUGGAGAAGCAGAGCAACAUUGCCGUCAUUGGAAUUCUCAUGGCGAAUAAGCAUCUCCAGCAGCAGCAUGUCCCAUCUGGCACUGAUGCCAUUACCCCCCCUGCCUCUUCGCCCGCGAGCGACAUGAUUGUCGACAACGACAACGAGAACGACACCGUCACCGUCUCCAAGGAGACUCUGCCCCAAACUAUCGAACAGCCUCAGACCCAGAUCACUGACAAGACCUCUUCCGCCAAGGUCACUACCACCAAGGCCGCUCCCACCAAGACCACUGCCAACAACAAGCGCAAGUCCGAUGCCGAGGAUCACACCAAGUCAAAGAAGGCUCGUACCGACAAGUCUGACGCUCCCACUGUUCAGCCUAGCAUUCAACUGAUCCUGCCCGACGCUCCUCUUAUCAUCACCCAGCCUCAGCCUACCGAGGUCACUGAGCCUACUCAAGUUACUCAGCCUGCUGCCGAUGCUAUCACCGAGCCUACUACUGAGGUCCCUGACACUGAGAUGGUUGAUGUCCCUUCCAAGUCUUCCGGCAACGUUGACUACCGCUUCGGUCUUGGUAUCUCUCUCGACUUUGAGACUAGCACCGACAAGCCCGAGACUACUACUGAGCCCGAGGCUACCCAAGAGAUUGUCCAGUCUGAGAUCAUUACCCAGCCUGAGACCAUUGCCCAGCAUGACUUCGUUCCCUGGCCCGAGUCCGAUCCCAAGGACCUGGCUUUCGCCAACAUGCUCAUGCACGGUACUGACGAGUCAUUCCUCUCCCACCCCCAAGAGACCCUUGACGAGAAUCGUGAGGCGCCCCAGACUGUCGAGGAUGGACUCUUGUUCCUCCAACAGACGAUGAACCAGGAACAGGAUCCGGUCAACCUUCAAGAUGACGAGGAAUACAACAAGGUCUGGGCAAAGUACAUGGUCCCUGAGGAGCAGCCCGGCGUCUUCGGCGAGCGCAUGCAGGAGGAGCAGGAGCUGUACAACUACAACCUCCUCGCUCAGAACAACCAGUACGAGCAGCUCGACUCAUUCGGCCAGCCCAUGUCUGUCGACUCUUUCAACGCUGAGAACUGGCCUAAGUUUUGA